AUGAUCAGCGACGAUGCCAAGAAUCAGAAGAUCCAAAACAAGAGCUACCCCAGAAGAGAGCCUCAGAACACCCGGUGCCGGGACGCCGCUGCUGCCGCCGCCACCGCCGCCUCCGCUCCCGUCGCCUCUGGUUCUUCAAGCUCUCGUCACCUGAGAGAAGCUGUUCCGGUGUCGGAUCCGGCGGGGAAAAUGGUGGAACCAGGGCAAGAUUUACUGCUUGCUGCUUUGAGCGAGAGUGGAAUUAGUCCAAAUGACCUCUUUGAUAUUGAUGGUGGAGAUGCGGGGCUUGCAACUCCAACACCUACGCCUCCCAUACAGCAGCAGCCUCCAUCUACUACAACGUUUGUGCUGAAUCAGAUAAAUCAGCUUCCGACCUUGGGAUCUACAAUUGUAAUGACUAAGACACCACCUGUAACCACGAAUAGGCAAACCAUCACUUUAACGAAGUUUAUUCAGACUACUGCAAACACACGUCCUUCAGUCUCAGCACCAGCAGUACGAAAUGCCAUAACUUCUGCACCUUCAAAAGACCAAGUUCAACUGAAGGACCUGCUAAAAAAUAAUAGUCUGAAUGAACUCAUGAAACUGAAGCCACCGGCUAAUAUUGCUCAGCCAGUUGCAACAGCAGCUAGCUGA